AUGACGGUCCAGUUCACCGCUGCAAACCUCCUUCAGAGCAACGGGACUAACUCGACCCUUAACGGGAAGGAAAUCCUCCUGUACGGGGACGUGGAGAAGAUCAUCAUUGGAAUCGUGUUGUCCAUUAUCACCCUUACUACAAUUGGCGGUAACUCGCUGGUCAUCAUUUCCGUAUGUAUCGUGAAGAAGCUGCGCCAGCCUUCGAACUACUUAGUGGUGUCCCUCGCUGCAGCGGACCUAUCAGUCGCCCUGGCAGUGAUGCCUUUCGUCAUCAUCACAGACCUCGUUGGUGGCGAGUGGCUUUUUGGGAAGGUUUUCUGCAAUGUCUUUAUCGCCAUGGACGUCAUGUGCUGCACGGCCUCCAUCAUGAAUCUUUGCCUCAUCAGCGUGGACAGGUAUUUGGGGAUCAUGCGCCCUCUCACUUACCCAGUGCGGCAGAACGGCAAGCUCAUGGCUAAGAUGGUGCUGACGGUGUGGCUGCUAUCAGCCUCCAUCACGCUGCCGCCCUUGUUUGGCUGGGCCACCAAUGUGACGGAGGACGUGUGCCUGAUCAGCCAGGACCUGGGCUACACCGUCUACUCCACCGCCGUGGCCUUCUACAUUCCCACCGCUGUCAUGCUGCUCAUGUACUACCGCAUCUACCGAGCCGCCCAGGUCAGCGCCGCCCGGCACAAGUUUAUCAGCUUCCCACGGCAGAGCGGUCGUCUGAGCUCCCACGGCGGCAGUGCUGGCGCCAGCGGUGGUCCCGGGGAGCAGGGGCCAGACCGUCGCCCGCCGCGCCGUGAGCGGCUGCUGGAGGAGUGCGCCGCCCUCUCCCGGCUGCUCCGGCCCGACCGUCGGCACGCCUCUGUGUUCAAGCGCGAGCAGAAGGCGGCGCGCACGCUGGGUGUCAUCGUGGGUGCCUUCACCUUUUGCUGGCUGCCUUUCUUCCUGCUGUCGGCGGCAAGGCCGUUUGUCUGCGGCGCCACUCGCAGCUGCGUGCCACUGCGGCUGGAGCGCACGCUGCUCUGGCUGGGCUACGCCAACUCGCUGCUCAACCCGCUCAUCUACGCCGCCUUCAACCGCGACCUGCGCGCCACCUACUGGAACCUGCUGCGCUGCCGUUACCGCGACAUCAACCGCCGGCUCUCUGCUGCCAGCAUGCAUGAGGCCCUGAAGGCCAAGGAGAGGCCGGAGUGCAUCCUGUGA